UCGCGCGCAUUGCACGUCAAUGCACCGUGGACGAUAUACGCCUUGUUUAUUUUGCGGUUAUAUUGCACAGAAUAUAAUAAGGGGAAAAAAUAACGAUACGUCCUUGAACGAGUUUUCAGUAUACAGGUUUAAAAAAUCGGUGAAACGCGCGUUUAGUGAAUGAUUUGAACAUUUUGACAACUGUGGAUAAAUACGAAAAUAAAUAUGACGGAAGAACAGAAGGAAGUGAGGGUGUGGUGUGACGGAUGUUACGACAUGGUGCAUUUUGGUCACGCUAAUUCUCUCAGACAAGCUAAGGCGUUGGGAAAUUAUUUGGUUGUCGGAGUCCAUACAGACGAAGAAAUAUCCAAACAUAAAGGACCACCUGUAUUUACACAGGAAGAGAGGUAUAAAAUGGUACGCGGUAUCAAAUGGGUUGACGAAGUCGUCGAAGGAGCCCCCUACGUCACGACUCUCGAUACUCUCGAUAAGUACAAGUGCGAUUUUUGCGUACACGGCGAUGAUAUUACGAUGACGGCGGACGGCGUCGAUACUUAUCAUCUUGUUAAGGCAGCUGGACGAUACAGGGAAGUUCAGAGAACAGCCGGCGUUUCUACGACGGAUCUCGUGGGUCGCAUGCUAUUGAUGACGCGACAGCAUUUCAGACAAGGUGAGAGCGAAUACAGUGUCGAUCGUGAACCGAGCAAACGAAUGGGACAGGAUAGAACAGCGAGCAGUCCCUGGACCGGAUGUUCCCAAUUUUUGCCAACUACGCAAAAGAUAAUACAAUUUAGCGACGGCAAAAGUCCAUUGCCGGGUGAUAAAAUAGUCUACGUAGCCGGAGCAUUCGACUUGUUUCACGUUGGCCAUUUGGACUUUUUGGAGGUCGCCAAACGAGAAGGAGAUUAUUUGAUCGUUGGUUUACACACCGAUCCUGCGGUUAAUCGAUACAAAUGUGGCAAUCAUCCUAUAAUGAAUCUUCACGAGAGAGUCCUCAGUGUUCUCGCUUGCAAGUACGUCAACGAAGUUGUAAUCGGCGCACCUUACGAAGUAACGAGCAAUCUCAUGGAACACUUUAAUGUGUCGGUCGUUUGUCACGGCCAGUCCCCGAUCAUGCCGUGCGACGACGGUGCUGAUCCUUAUGCCGAACCAAAGAGACAAAAUAAAUUUAAGCUGUUGGACAGUAAAAAUGACAUGACUACUGAAAAAAUUGUCGAAAGGAUUAUUCUCCACAGGAUCGAAUACGAGGAUAGGAAUUUAAAGAAGGAGAAAAAAGAGAUUGCCGCCCUCGAAGCCUUGACCAAAUCUAAAAAAAAAGACGAAUGAAUUUGUACAAUAUAUAUAAAUAUUUAUAUGCAUAUACAUAUAUAAAUUAAAACUAUAUAUAUAUGUAUAUAUUCAAUCCUCUGAUAACGAUCGGAGAAUUUAUUGGUCUCAAGUAAAAAAAACAAUCGUCUCUCUCUCUCUCACUCUCUAACGCUCUUUCUCUCUCUCUAUCUUGGAUCUGUGUAAAUAACAGUAUCAACGAUAAUUUUAUUAUUUAUUGUUUAGCUUGAGCUAAAAAUUAAACAGGAAAUCAAAGAGUUUGUAAGGCGAAAAGAACGAACCUCGAGUGCUUGACGUAUUCUUUUUUUUAUUCUGAAGCACUUUGAAGACUAUGAGACUCGCUCACCCGCGAUAUUUUCACUAUAAGUUAAUUGUAAUGUAAUAAUAACCACAGUAAUAAUUAUAUCAAUGAAAUAAAUAAUGAACUAAUAAUUUUUAAUGAGAUUCAUUCAAUCUCUAAAAAAUCGUAAUAUUUUAUUAAAGAGUCUCACACUUUUCAAGUAAAUAUAAAUUUUAUAAAUCGAUGAAUAAAGAACGAGUCAAUAAAUAAUCGCAGUUGUACAGAUAAAACGCGACGUAAAAAAUUAUGAUCUCAAGACACGAAAGAAAAAGAUGAAAUUCUUAAUUUUUUAAUCACACUGACUAUGGAUUUGUCUUUCUGUCUUUCAAUCAUUUAGGCACUGUAAAAACAGAUAGUAUGGAAUUGGGAAUUCAGACGAAUGAAAGCUCCUACGUAUGAUGACAAAAUUGUAUUUUGUUUUUUGUUCUCGAUACUUCCGUCAAUGGAAUAAGAACCAAAUAAACGAAGGAAAUGAUUGUAACGCGUGUCGUCUGCGCUGGUUGUUCACGGCAAUAGAGUGAUUCUCAUUUUCAAUUAUAUUUGAAUCGUGCGUACUGAUGCUAUUGAAAAAAUACAAUUUUUCGUUGCUGUUAAACCAAUUGAAAUUUUUUAAAUUCACGACCGAAAAGAGAAAAUUCGUUAAUUCUGUAAAUGUAACCGGUACUGAGUCAGUGACUCUCGUGAUCGAACGUUCAGUCUUGGAAAAGCUGUGCAUCAAUCCCCUCAACCAUACAAGACUGUUCAUUUGUUGAAAACAAAUCGAUUGGCAUGAAAAGUGAAAAUUCAAUAAAAAGUUAGAGAAAAAUUUUGGAUUUGAUAAAAAUGAAUAAAAAUAACAAUCGGACAAAAAUCUCGUAUUCGAGGUCUCCUAAGCCUCCAGAACACUCGGAGGGUUGUAUUUUCUCCAUUGAGGCGAUAUAAUUAAUAAUUGGAAAAUCUGUGGGAUUAUGAAUCGCUGUGCGAAGCGUUAAAAAAACAAAGGAAAAAUAUAAAAAAUGAUCUUGUUUAUUUUAUAUGUACAAAGUGUGUGACGUAAAUAUUAUCCGCGAAAUCAUGCCUUUAACCAUUGCCCCAGAAAUCCGAAAGUGCCUCGAUUUACUCGGCCCAAUCAAGAUCCAAUAAUAUUCAUUCGUAGAAAUAUACCGAGCGAUACAAUAUAAACGAUACUACAUCAAAGUUGUUUUCAGGUCACGUCAUAGCACUGCCCUCUAGCGCACCAAAACAUCGUAAUUAUUAGAUAAUGUAAUAAAAUUACUAGAAAGAUUAACAAAUAGAUGUGUCGAGUAGCAUUUUUUUCAAAUUGCAAGUCGCUUUGCGAUCGAGGAUGUACCUAUCGGGGUCUUCAAAAAUGCAAAUAUAUGUUUCAACAGUA